AUGGAGCCGCCAUUCAUUAUGAAACUGAUGGCCUCCUCUGUUUCAAUAGCUACGGUCGCGGGAUCAAUCGUCCGUAGGGUUCUUGCAAGUGGUAAACUUGACAUUGUCGACAAAGGUGUCAACGACUUACAGACCCAAGCCGAUCGAAGUGCGCAGCACUGCAUCGUUUCAUCACUGUCGAAAAGGUUCCCAGGCAUCUGUAUAAUCGGUGAGGAGGAUUUGGGAGACAGUGAACAACCCUAUUCCGAGCUGGUGGAGGGUACCGACUCAUCAGUACUAGCCAAAAGUUGUCCACAGACCUUGGAAUCUACAAAUGUGGAUGACGUUGUUGUGUGGGUAGAUCCUUUGGAUGGUACCAGCGAAUUUGCGCAGGGUUUUUUGGAGCACGUGACAAUUCUUAUCGGCGUCUCUGUUCGAGGUCGCGCAGUGGGCGGAGUGGUUUGUCAGCCCUUUUACAUGGCUGACUUCCGCAGAGUUAUCGAAAUUGCUGGGGAGCAGGAACGGCGUCCGCGGGUCGAAGAGACGCAUCAACGUGUAAUUUGGGGCCUGGAGGGUCUUGGAGUGUUCGGCCUUGCUGGUGAACCGAUUGCUAAAGCUCCUAUUUUUUCUUCCUCGACCUCUGAUGAUGAACGUGCCAACUGCAUCGUGUGUACUAGAUCUCACACAACACCCACCGCUGCGGCUGCCGUUGAAUCAUGCUCCCCCUCUAAGAUCUACCGAUUGGGUGGCUGUGGUUUCAAAAUGCUGAUGUUGUUGGAGGGUGUAGCCCAUGCCUACGUCUAUGCCAGUGUGGGCUGCAAGAGGUGGGACACGUGUGCUCCCGAGGCCCUGAUCAACGCCAUCGGUGGCCGAGUGAGUGGUGUCGAUGGGCGAGCGUACAGCUACGCAAGCCACGUCCACCCCGUCGACGGUCGCGGUGUUAUUGCUACCCCUACUGCGGCUUGGCAUUCUGCAUACGUCGAACGAAUACCCCGCUCAAUUGUCAACACUCUCUGUGCCUCCGCUCCCCCUAAUGAGUAG